UGAAUUGUGUUUUGGUUUUUGGAUUGGGUAGCCGCGAGUUCCCCUGCAGAAUUUCUUCUUCUCUGCCGUCGGCUUCUCCCCCCUGCUAGGCUCGGUUUUGCUUGCUAAAUUUUGGUUUUGAUCGUUCUGUCGCCAUAGCACUUGGGUUAGCCUUCUGUUCUGUGCGAGUGAGGAAACGAAACUGAGGACGGGAAAACCGAGGGGAGUGACGAGUUAGAAGGCUAGCCAUUCAAUUGGGGUAUAAGUUUUAGAUUUUAUCAUCCUUUUGUAAGGUUGAUUUUAUUCAUGAGAUUUUGUGAUUUGGAUAAGUUCCGAGCCUUGUGCAUUUGUGGGACUCUCUCACGAGUGCACGGCGUCUGUCGCGUCCCCGGAUUUGGGUUCUGGGGCGUGACAUUUGUUUUGGUCAUUGCUUUCAAAGAAUAAUUAAUUGAAUGUAUCUAAGUAAGCAAAGGAGAAAAUCAAGUGAAAUUUUUACU